AUGCCGUCACCGGGUGAGAACGGGAGAGAGGACGUGGGCAUACCGUGUAGCCUAAAGGGGUCACCGUUAAAAGACCAUGUCCCCGUUAAUACUUCAAAAAUGCCACGUCAUGUCCCCGUUAAAAGACCAUCAUCUUUGGGACCUUUUUAUGUUCCUAAAAUGCCACUAAAAGACCUUGUCAUGUCACUGCUAAAGUUUCAUUUCCAGACUAUCAGAAAUGACCUCAUCUCCAUAACCAUUUUGGCAUCUCUCUUGUCUGUUUGUUAUCAACUGAAGCCCGCCCACCGCCUUUGCACCACCGUUUUCCGCCGGGCUUCAGCGGCGACCAUCCUGUCUCAUCAUCUCCGACCUCUCAAUUCGGAGGAUCAGGCCAGAUCUGUUUCGAAAGCAUGGAAAUCUGUUAUCGAUUCGCCUGAUUUCAUUGCUGAUUACACCGUCCAUAACCAUGAUCAACCGCAACAUUUGCUUAUAAGUGAAGAAUUUGGAGAGAUAUACCUCCCUAAUGAGUUAGCAUUCCGUGAUAAAGUGGAGUUGCAUUUAUUCAACUAUUGUGAUUCUCUUGCUGUGAUUCGGCAGAGGAUAUUGGACGAUAUGAUUCAAGUGUGGAGGAAGGGGAAUGGUGAUUCGAAAUCGUUUAUAAAGCUUUUCACCAUUAAGAAACCGUAUAGGUAUAUGUCAAGUUUGCCAUUGGGAUUUAGGAUGACUGGUGAGCUUAUGAUGAGAAAGGCAAAUAACGGUGAAGAUUCAGAAACACUUAUAGAUUAUGAUCUCUUCUCACACCACAUCAAUGAUCUUGGGAUUGAAAGCAAGUGUUCUUCAUUACUCGUGUGCUCGUAUAAAGAAUCUUUAAUUCUACUUGAUCAGUCAGAUAUUUAGUUGAGGACGAUGAAGAUGAAGAUGAAGAGAUGAGUGUUUGAACAGGGAAGAAAGGUAUAGAGAUCAAAGAGCAAUUACUUCUUGAUAUUUCAUACAGAUCUCUUUUCAUUGUUUAAAAGAUUGUUUUGUAGGUGUGUGAUUUGAGUCGAUGUUGCUCUUGGCUAACAUAUGGGAUUAGUCGUGAUAGGUUGGAAGGCAUUCGGUUGUUGAUGACUAAAUAACAUUUUGAGUUUAAUUAAUCAUGUACUGUUUAAUAGAAAAUUAAUUUGCGUA